CGCCGACGCCAACGCCCUGCGAAGGGUACGCGGCAGAAGGAAAGGGGCGAUGCCCAGGGAAAGAAGGGGCGUUAUCCAAGUGGAUCGUGUCCACACGACACUCACUGCCCUUCUCUCUCACUCCCUCCAUCGCUCCAUUGCUUCUCGCCUCCUACCUUGUCUCGCCUCUCCACUCCUAGCUCUCCCUCCUGUUCCCACACAGAGGCAAAGGCUCACCAAUCUCACGCAGGUGCAGGAGUAGGAGCAGCAGCAGGGGUGACUAUGGCCACUCUCGUCUACAUCAAUGGCUCGGGCGCUGCAGCUUGUUGCAGCGCGGCAUCGUCGAGCCAUGAGGCUGCUGGGAUCCGCCGACGGGCGACUAAGGCGUCGGUUGCGUCCAGUCUUGUGUCACGUUUUUAUGGAUUGCAAUUAGCAGCUGAAGGGAAAGUUGUGAGGUCUCAAAACUCGAAAGUUUUGGCGGGAAAGGCUACUGCAACAGCUGUAGUAAAUAGCACUGGCGUGAAGCAAUACAGCUUACCAACUUGGGCAGACUUUGAGAUGGGGCUAGCUACCGUUUACUGGGAAACCAGCAAUGGCCUACCACCAACUUCUGGACAACUGCUGACUAUCUACUUUAAUCCGUCUGCUAGCGAGCUGACACCUAACACUGAAUAUGGAAUCGGGUUCAAUGGGGGUUUUAAUCAACCUAUUAUGUGUGGUGGUGAGCCGCGUAUCAUGGCGAAGAAGGAACGUGGAAGUCUAUGCGAGACCAUAUAUGCCAUCAAAAUAAACGUGCCCUUACACGCAUUGACUUUGGAGUUUUCUUUCACUGACGGGAAGAACUGGGAUGGUCCUUACAAGUUGGUCAUGGAAGUACCUCAGAAGUUGAAAGGCUUGCCUCAGAGCUACUUUGACGAGGGGCUUGCAAAGGAGCUUGCACACGAAGGAGCGUGCGAAAAUGCAAUCUUUCCGGACUCUGUCUAUGUUCAAGAUCGCUGCGUUUUCCCAGCAGGAAUGAUUCAAGAAGGGGGAGAUCGGUGUGAUUUGGAUAUUGUGCCUGGAUGCACCGACCCGGAAUCGCCAUUUUAUGACCCACUGGCUAAUGUGGACGACGGAUCCUGCCCAUUCAUUUUGGAAGAGGAAAGUUAGGUGGCUCUCGGGAUCUCCAGUAAAGAAUUUCUCCGAAGACGCCUAUCAGAGGUGACAUGAUCAAUUGCACGUCGGUGGCGGUAGUUUAUCACAUACUAGGAGCCGCCCCACGGUGGUGGUGGUGGAAGUGGAAGUACGAGCAUAUUAGAAAUCUCGUCCCCCAGUUGUGAAGGCAGCUGUCGCGAAUUCUUGAAUGAUACCUCGACGGUUACGUUGCAACACGCAUGGAGAGGGAUAGAGAGUAGCAUGCAUUUAUGUCAGUGGUGGGGUCAGUGUGAGGAGGCAUGGUCCUAGCGCAGACAACGAAGAAGCGGCGACAGGUACCCAAUCUCUUCGCCUGUGAUGUAAAAAAGCACCUUAUCAUUGUGUAAUAGUAAUGCUAUGCACCGCUCUUUUCAAGCGUUGCAGCAUGUUCUGCUAACGGGGCUACCAUGUGCCAUAGCAGAGCUCUGCAGCGUGCUGAUAGCUGAAGACGUUGAAUUUAGUAUCCUACUGAAACGCACACGAGCCCAGCUUGUGAGCGCUUGCUAAGUGUGUUCGGUCGGAUCUCUGUGAAUGAUGCUGCAACUCUUCUACAUACUAGUGUUGGCAAUGCUUUGCUGCUCGAUCUGUAGACUCGUUGAGUAUAACAUUUAGAUAGCGUCCUGACGCAUGUGUCAGUUUGGACUAGCACACAGCGGAUGGUGGCGGAUUCUUAAGGAUGAGGUUACGAACUUAUCCUUGUGGGUACUUUGACAUUGGCUGCCGAUUCAGUAGCAGAUGAGUCUUCGGCAUCCGAUGUAGGAUUCAGGGUCGGAUAUCAUUUUGGAUUUGGUACAUUGUUUCAGAUUCAAACAAUUUGCAACCACGAGAUUGCUACCAACGAA